UCAUCAUCUGGCGGUGUCAGCUGCAGAAGGCCACCCGUCAUCACCCCUCAUAUGCUCAGAACCGCAACCCGGAGGCAGAUAUGGUCGCUGAGAUUGGCCUGGAAGAACUAAAUGGACUGGAGAUGGAGGUCAUGAGAAGACAGCUGCCCGUGAUCACCGGUCUGCGCGCCGUGGAGGACCAGGGUGCCGCCUGGCGCCACAGGGAAGCCGUGUUCUUCGCCAUGCUGUUGCCUACCUGCAACGCCAACCUCUGGCUGUGGAUGCACCAGUGGUGCUUCGUGCCGACCCGCCGUGCAACUGGAGCCCUUCCCCCCUCCCCUUCUUCUCUUCUCUCCCUCGGCCACCCCUGCCCAUCCUCCUUCCAGCUCUCAGCAGCCAUUUCCCAACUCUGCCUGAGAGAAGCCCUAGCUGCUGGAAGGUGGAGGAAGUGUGGAAUCCCAAAGGUCUGA